AUGACUUUAGCAGUAAAAUUUCUGCCAAAAUGGUCAAAAUCAGCAUUGACUUCCGGUCGACUUGUAUCACUAAUCCGUAUGGCUUUGUCUCAAGCUGUGAUUUGCAGUGUUGCACAUAAUGGUAUUUGUGAUUUUUCUUACCGAAAAAUCUUUACAGCUUUCAAUAAAUACAGAGGUAUGCAAAUCUUCCCGUUUUUAAUGGAUAAGACGUAUUUCAAAGAUUCUGCUGAUCAGUUUUGCCCCGCAUUUGGUUUUAGACUUCCUACUUGUACACAUUUUAAAGAUGUCGCCUUUUGUCAAUCGCCCCGGAAUGCAGAACGAUCUGGAAGUACAGGUGUAGAAGCGAGAAUUCAGGCAGUAACAACAUCAAGGCAGUUGGACAGGUGCUUGCUGUGCAAAAAACAAACACCUUGUAAUUUUUUUGGAAGGAGUGAACCUGCUUUAUUUAUUUUGGCAAUAAGAAAAUCUAAAAUGAUUUGCUUGGAAGUUUUCUCAAUUCUCAUCUCCCCGAAGUACUCAAGUCCACAAGAGGUUCUGCAGUUGCAUCCCACUACUCAACUCUUGGCAAUUUCUGGCAUAAUUGCACACCCAUAUCAUAAAACAGAGGCUCUUAAGAGUUGGACGGAAUUAACAUUUGCUUUGACACAAACAGCACCGUUAAUUCUAAUAUUUUUAAAAUCAGCCCUCUAUGUGAAUUUUCAGAAAAGUGACGCACAAAUAGAAAAAGUCCCCAUAUUUCGUUGA